UAGCCAUGCGUGCAACACAGCUUGAUUCUAUGCAACGUUCUCGAUCUAGUAGCAUCUUUGCCCCAUUCAUGCAGCAGGUAUCAUUUUCGAGUAAUCAUGGACUGGAUUUGAACUUCAUGCCGUCUAGUCAAUUGAUGACCAUCAGGAUUCUGUCGGAGAUGUUUUCUACCAUAAUCCUUUAAGUAUCGCUGGUUUCUAGAAUUCCUAGUGUGGCUGAAGCGCUGAUAGUCAGUGAUAGGCCUACAACAAACCUACAGCGUCCCUUCCCGUGUCCAUCAUGGCGUCCACUGAACUUGCUACGCAGCGUGCUCUGUAUGUUGGGAAUACCAUUUCCUCAGUCGUUUAUGGAGGAAAUUUAUUCCUAUAUGUCUACUCUACCUACCUGCUUAUGACCUCAGUUAAGCAAGUGCGGCACAGGAGAUUCUACAUAUGUUUUGGAGGCCUUCUCUUGCUUCUUUUGACAAUCGCUUCCGCAAGUAAUAACGCUUUAUGCGAACUAAUGUGGAUAGAAAACCAAAGCUACCCUGGUGGCCCACCUGCAUAUCUCGCUGCAAAUUUGGCUGCUUGGUACAAUGUCUUUGGCACAGCGGCAGACUGCGCUGCAAAUAUUCUGACGGACGGACUCUUGCUUUAUCGCUGUUACAUUAUUUUAGGGUCAAGAUUGCCAAUAAUCAUCAUCCCUGCAAUUAUAUACCUGGGAUCUGCCACUAUGGCUGUCAUGAUGGUGAUUGAGAGUGCCAUGCCAAUGUCAAAUCUAUGGCAGGGCUUUGCUGCACAAUUCGGUAUCUCAUGGGUUGCAUUGACUGUCGGCUUCAACAUUAUUGUGACUGCAUUGAUCGUUUCCCGGUUGCUAUUCUUUCAUCGCAGAGUGCAAUCUAUUUUCACCGAUCAACAGAAGAGUACUUACACCGGCACUGUGGCAAUUCUGGUGGAGUCUGCCCUCCCUUUCACAAUUCUUGGGAUCGCCUACCUUGCCACCUAUAUCCAAGGCGUUCCAAGUGCAACAGCGGUGGGAAUAAUCUGGGGAACCUUCGUGGUUUUGUCACCCCAGCUCAUCAUUUUAAGGAUCGCUGCAGGGACUGCGUGGUCAAGAGACACGGCCUCUGACAUCACUCAAACAACUCUGCAUGCAAGUCCCCAUGUCAGCUCGUCCUCUAGCAGCAGCAAUACGAUCAAUAAGAAUCCGUGGUAGUAGGGCUCGGGCAUAUAGUGCCACGUCCACGUCCAGAAGUUAGCUUUCGAAUCACAUUGUUUGCAAGAUAUCUUCUGCCCGUCUCAAUUUUAUCAUUCAUGUUACUCCCGCACUUGCUAGUUUCGCAGAUUUUUUUUAGAAAGAACUCCUGUUUGAACCGAAUAAGUCCUGGCGUAUAUCGCAUAGGCUGAUGAUGAAAUCGCAUCCUUACAGC